AUGCAACGGCGGUUAUGCGAUUUCAUCUACCCCAUCAUCGUUUUGGCUCUAGGAUUUUUAUUUGGACAACGGUUAGGACGACUAAGUGGAUAUGAAUACUUCAGACCGGUGAAGAAUUCCACAAUAGAAGACGAAGAGCUUCUAUUCAACAGUCCGCUCCAGCAGUCUAUUUAUUCGAAGUAUAGCAUUGGAUUGGUAAAAAGCGAUCCAUCCAGAUACCUGUUCGAUGAAGUGAAGAUCUUCUGCUGGGUGGCAACGGAGUUGCUCCAAAUCUCAAAUAAGAAGGCUUACUUCAAAAUGGAUACCUGGGGACGUCAGUGUAACAGGAUUUUGUUUGUGUCCAAUGCGACUGAUGAGAAGUUGCCGAUUCUGCUCGCCGAGCAGGAUGAUACCUUCCUAAACCUAUUCCGUAAGACGCGACAGGCCUUUCUCUGGAUUUAUGAAAAUGUGGUG